GAGAGAGAGGGAGACAUGGUGGUUUGCAUGAAUGGAACAGUAUGCAGCCAAUCGAAAUGAAAUGUGAAAGAGAUGAAGAGCAAAAAGCGACACAAGUCCAAAGUCAAUCGAUUUGACAUGUUAUUUACAUUAAAAACAAUAUACAAAACUCUUCACUUCGUCUGGAUCUCUUGCAUCUUCUUUGGUUUGCGGUUUUGGAUUUUAAUUUAGGUGCUACGAAAUAAUUUUUUGUUUUGGGUUUUCGAUCAAAAGCGAACGAUAUGAGUUUUUAUUACGCCAACGCUCGUCAACCGGAAAUCCUUCGAACUGUACAAAAAGAUGCGGCGUUUACAAAUCAACUAGGUCACGACCUCUCCGAUAUUCUACGGUUCACCAAUAAAAACCUUUGGAUUAAAUACAAUGGCCUGUGCACAUUGAUCAUGGAAUUAGCCUAUCAUGGAUUUGCCAGUUACAAUAAUCUGCAGACACUUGGCGAAGAAUACACGGGCAUCAUUCAGAUCGAUAAUAAAUAUAUUGCGCUGCCGAGCAAGCUGUUGCAAAUGGUAUCGAUUGUCAUGGAAUAUGCUGGCGAACAAGUGCUGGUGAAACUGAUCAAAAAUGUUGAGCAUGAAAUCGAACGUAACGAAGAGAUUCGACCAGAAGCCAAACUCCAGUUGCGUCGAUGCUGUUCAUUUCUACUGCAUGUCAUUCCAUACGUUCAGGCAAUGCAUCGAACAUGGUUUUAUUUAUACGGUAGAAAAUACCAAAUUGCUCGACGAUUGACCGGAAUUAAUUAUGUGUUGAUACGCCAUUGGCUAAAUAUCAAGCAUUCUGUGUACGGUUACAAGGUGUUGGGUGUGAUCAGUUCGUUGCAAUUGAUAUUGGUAUUUGCAGCAUUUGUAAAAGAGACCAUUCGAAUGAAACAAGUUACGAGCGCCACAAUUCAAAAGGUGAAUCGCCUGCGGGAUCGCAUUGAAUCGACGUACAAGCCAGCUAAAAUGGAAAACAUGCCAAAAUGCAUUUUAUGUUUGGAGGAGCGUCACAACACAUGCGCCACCAUUUGCGGUCAUCUCUUCUGUUGGCCGUGCAUAAUGGAUUGGCUGGAUCAAAAGGAAGAGUGUCCGGUGUGUCGUGAGCCAACAAAAAAAUCAACCGUAGUCUACUUAAUGAAUUUCUUUUGAGGCGCGAUGUGCUCGCAAAUAUAUCGGUGUCAAAGGCUUUAUUAUGAAAUUUUGUGAUUUUGUUUUUGUUUGAAUUAAACUUUUACAUUGAUUUAUUUAGUCUAAAUUUGAAGAGAAAAAGAAAAUAAGAGAAAAAAAGGCAAUUGUUAUUUAGGUAUUUCGAACACAUCCAUCGGUUCUUAGGUGUUUUUUUAUAUGUUUUCUUUCAAAAUCAAUGCGGUAUUUCGAAUAAAAUAAAAUAUUUGCUAAACUACUUUGAAAUGAAUGUACAA